UAUUUCAAACAGCAGAAGAUUAAAGGAAUGACCUAAGUGUUUUUCAUCUUUGUUGUCCUUCCAACAAGGAUUAUCAAAACACUCUCUGACCUCAAUCUGUGUGUUACUCAAAAUUCCUCACUGUAAUCUCUCUGCAGUUAAUCUGAGCUGGUGGGUGGCAUAUAAAAGAGCCACUUGUGUCUUCCAUUACUUGUUCUCAGGGACUUCGUUCGCUUACUAGCGAGGAGGUGUAAAAGCUUGUCUUUUUUAUUUUACUUCUGACCGGUGAACCAAACAUGAACGGGACAGAAGGUCCAAACUUUUAUGUGCCGAUGUCUAACAAGACGGGUUUAGUCCGUAGCCCAUUCGAGGAACCACAGUACUACCUAGCAGAGCCCUGGAAAUACUCUCUCUUGGCGGCAUACAUGCUCUUUCUCAUCAUCACUUCAUUUCCCAUCAACUUUCUGACACUCUACGUCACUGUGCAGCACAAGAAACUCCGCACACCUCUCAACUAUAUAUUGCUCAAUCUCGCUGUGGCUGAUCUGUUCAUGAUCGUGGGGGGAUUCACUGUCACCCUGUACACAGCCCUGCAUGGAUACUUCGUCCUGGGAGUCACAGGAUGCAAUAUUGAGGGCUUUUUUGCCACCCUGGGCGGUGAGAUAGCCUUGUGGUCUCUAGUAGUGUUGGCUGUUGAGCGCUACAUUGUGGUGUGUAAGCCAAUGACAACGUUCCGAUUUGGGGAGAAACAUGCCAUCACGGGGGUGGGCUUCACCUGGGUCAUGGCCCUCACCUGUGCUGUGCCUCCCUUGCUGGGGUGGUCCAGGUAUAUACCUGAAGGGAUGCAAUGCUCUUGCGGGAUAGAUUACUACACUCCUAAACCUGAAGUCAACAACACCUCAUUUGUCAUCUAUAUGUUCAUCCUGCAUUUCUCUAUUCCACUUAUAAUCAUCUUCUUCUGCUACAGUCGUCUUCUCUGCACUGUUCGUGCGGCUGCGGCUCAACAGCAAGAGUCAGAGACGACUCAGAGGGCUGAGCGGGAAGUGACACGCAUGGUGGUUGUCAUGGUGAUUUCAUUCUUAGUCUGUUGGGUACCGUAUGCCAGUGUGGCCUGGUACAUAUUUGCUAAUCAAGGUACAGAAUUUGGUCCCGUCUUCAUGACAAUUCCAGCAUUCUUUGCUAAGAGCGCAGCACUCUACAAUCCUGUCAUCUACAUCAUGCUCAACAGACAGUUCAGGAACUGCAUGCUUACAACGGUCUACUGUGGUAAGAACCCAUUCGGUGAAGAGGAGACCAGCACAGCUCUCUCCAGUAAGACUCAGUCUUCAGUUGUCUCGUCCGGUCAGGUGGCUCCUGCCUGAGCACCAGAGCCCCCAACGUCACCGCGUGACCCAGACAAUCCAUACAGAAAAUCCAUUUGGCCAGUCUGCAACCUCUCAAUUCUACGUUAAGUUAUCUUACAUAUUUCGUGAUAAUCUUUGGCAUUUGGACAAUCACUUGUUAUAAUAAUGCUGUAUGUUUUGAACUGCAUGUGUUUGAUUGUAACCAGUGUUGGGUGUAACUAGUUACUAAGUAAUUAGUUAAUGUAAUUUAAUUACUUUUCCCUUGAAAAAGUAAAGUAAGGGAUUUUUCUUAUUUUUUCUAUAAUUACAGUUACUUUUGAUGUAAUUAAACUAAAUACUUUGUGUAAUAUAUGUGUGUGUAAUAGUGGAAUUGACAUCAAAAUUCAAAGUCUAACUUUAAAAUCUGUGCUUUAAUGUAUCCUUCUCACAUUUGUAAUACUUUGGUCAGUUAAUAAGAGUACUUUAUGUAGUUUAAUAUUAUUUAUUUGAAUGAAUUAAAAGAGCCGUUUCAUGCCUAUCCUUGAAUCACUUAACUAAUCAAGGUUGAUAUAGGAUAUAGAAGGUAAUUAGUAAUAAGUAAUUAAAUACUUUUUGGAGAGAGUAAUUUGUACAGUAAUCUAAUUACACUAUUGAAUAUGUAAUUAGUGACUAGUAAUUAUUACUUUUUGAGAGUAACUUACCCAACACUGAUUGUAACAUAAACUUCAAUAGUACAAAGUUAAAUGACUAAACUUUUUUUGUUUAGCCUUUAUCAUCUGUUGUGAUACUGCAUAAUAUCAUUCCAUGUAAAGUUUAGUAUUUAACAGGAUAUGAGACGUGAACGCUGGAGCCGUGAGACCAUAAGCCCAAAUCAACUCUGAAAAAAUAAAUGUUUAGAUGUCAGUAAAUGUUGUCAGUGGAGGAACUGUGAUGUAAAUAUAUAUAAAGAUGUUAAUUUUUCAUAUUUCCUCAAAAUCAUGAAUUUGUCUGCAGAUUAAAAUAAAAAGGUAUGACACAA